AUGUCUUCUUCGUCAAUUCCGAGAACUCCUAACUCAGCUUGGACGCAAAAUAGUGCAAAUAAUGGCACGAGGCGAUUACGGCCUCAGUUUCAUGUACUUGAUGUUCCUCCUCUUAAUUGUGUUCCAUACUCUGGUCCACCUUCUGGCUCUGCUUCAACACCAAUAGAUAUAGAUAGCAUUCCAUCACCACAAGUUAAUUUUAAGCCUCCCAUUGGUAACCACCCUGCUAUGGUGUUUAUGCCUUCUUGUACAACUAAUGAAGAGUGGAACAAUAUUUUAGCUGCUACCAGAAGUGGAAUUGUACUAUCUGGAAGUGCUGCAUCGGGAAAGAUGGGACCACCUAUUGGAGCUGUAGAUGUUGGUGAAUCUGAGGAUAAAUAUGUAUUUCGUGUAGCGCUACCGGGUGUUUCUAGCGUUCAAGACACUUUCACUUGUGAUUUUGAACCUGAUGGGAAGGUGAUAAUUAAGGGUAUUACAUCAACUGGCGAACAAACAGAGUUGCUAAAAAAAGACAACCAAGUAGUUUCUGAACUGGUUGAGUUGUCUCUGGUCAAAAACCUCAACUUGUUGCAGAUAGAACGACACGGGCAGGAUUAUAUGACAGGAUUUGUAGAAUGGUCGGAAGAACCCAUUAGACUCUAA